AUGCUAGAAAUCGUGCCAUCGCUGCUGCUGCUGCUGCUGCUGCUGCUGCUGGUGCUGGUGCUGCUAACUGUUACUGUCUCAGUGGAGCUGGAUAUUUCAGUGGAAGAAGCUGUGGGCACAUCUGAGGUGAUGCUGGAAGUCGUGCCAUCGCUGCUGCUGCUGCUGCUAACUGUUACUGUCUCAGUGGAGCUGGAUGUUUCAGUGGAAGAAGCUGUGGGCACAUCUGAGGUGAUGCUGGAAGUCGUGCUAUCACUGCUGCUGGAUGUAGCUGACAAAGUAGAGCUGGAAGUUUCCAGGGUAGAAGUUGGGAUCUCGGUCGAAGAGCUUGUCUCAAUGGUGGAAGCUGAGAAGGUUUCAGUCGAGCUAGAGCCUGCCGUAUUGGAUGUGGAAGCUAUGGUGGUUGACACCAAUGUCGAAGUCUGGCUGGUGACUGUGCCUGGGGCAACCGUCGUGGUAUCCGAGGUGACCAUCGAUGGAGUAAUUGUCGUCGCGUCCGAUGUGGCCGUUGUAGCAGUUGUGGCGUCCGAGGUGAGAGUUGUGGUGCCGCUGGCAGUAGACGUCAAGGUUGAUGAAGAAGUAUCGGUGGUGCUGGCUAAAGUGGCGCUUGAUGUAGACGAGGAAGAUGUGCCGACAGAUUCAGAGGUGGGAGCAAGGCUAGAAGUGGACGAGGAAGAUGCCGAUGAAGACGUUUCGGUACUGGUAGCGGAAGGGGAGCUUUCAGUAGAAGAGGACGAUGUCGAUAAAGUCGUGAUUGUAGUAGCGGAAGCAGAGCUUUCAACAGAAGAGGUAGCGGUUGAUGAAGACGUUGCAGUUGAUCCGGACUCAGAACUGCUUGAGGCAGACACGGAGCUGCUCGAGGUAGACGACGCAAUAGUGGAGGAUUCAGCUGUCAAAGAUGAGGUGGUCGUGUGGCUAGUGGUAGACGACAAACUCGACGAGCUCACCAGGCCAUCACAACGUCCAAAAGCACUUUGA